AUGAGUCGCACGGAGGCUGAUCUGGCCAUCAAUAUCCGCAAGGCCACGAGCAUUGAGGAAACCGCUCCAAAACGGAAACAUGUGCGAAGCUGCAUCGUCUACACGUGGGACCACAAGUCGUCGGCGGCCUUUUGGGCUGGCAUGAAAGUGCAGCCCGUUCUUGCCGACGAGGUCCAGACGUUCAAGGCCCUGAUCACGAUUCACAAGGUCCUCCAGGAAGGCCACCCAAUUGUCGUGCGCGAGGCACAGCAGCAUGCCAACUGGGUCGAUAGCUUGAUGCGAGGUGUUGGAAGUGACGGUGUUCGAGGAUAUGCUCCGCUUAUUCGCGAAUACGUCUUCUUCCUCGAGUCGAAGCUGGCCUUCCACCGCAAUCACCCGGAAUUCAAUGGAUUGUUCGAAUAUGAGGAGUACAUUAGCUUGAAGACGAUAAAUGACCCGAAUGAGGGUUACGAGACAAUUACCGACCUCAUGACCCUGCAGGACCAGAUUGAUGCCUUCCAGAAGCUCAUUUUCUCGCACUUCCAGUCCGGAACCCACAACGAGUGCCGUAUUUCCGCUCUGGUGCCGCUUGUGCAAGAGAGCUAUGGUAUCUACAAGUUCAUUACUAGCAUGCUGCGCGCAAUGCACACAACAACUGGCGAUGACGGAGCUCUUGAGCCCCUUCGUGGCCGUUACGAUGCCCAGCACCAUCGUCUCGUGCGAUUCUACUACGAGUGCUCGAACCUUCGUUAUCUGACCAGUCUGAUCACCAUCCCGAAACUGCCGCAGGACCCGCCAAACCUGCUGGGCGAAGACGACGAGCGGCCAGCUUUGCCGAAACGCCCCGCGAGGGAGGUUGAGGCCCAGCCCUCUCCGCCACCCAAGGUCGCUGCUGAGCCCGAGCCCAUCAGUGAUUUCUGGACAAACGAGGCCAAGCGCCAGCAAGAAGAAUAUGAGGCGGAGCAGGCCCGUUUGCAACAGCAGUGGGAGGAACAGCAACGGCAGCAGAUGCUUGCCCAGCAGCAGGCUCAGCUCGACUUUGAAGAGCAGCAGCGCCUGCAAGCUGAGCAACAACGCCUGGCCCAGGAGCAGCUCCUUCGUGACCAGUAUCAAACACAAACACAGGGUCGACUGGCAGAGUUGGAGCAAGAGAACCUUAAUGCUCGAGCUCAGUAUGAGCGUGAUCAGCUCAUGCUGCAGCAGUACGACCGCCGUGUCAAGGACCUGGAGGAGCAGAUGAAUCAGCUGAACUCGAACAUUAACUUGCAGAACUCCUCUAAGGACGAGCAGAUCCGCGCUUUGCAGGAACAGGUGAACACCUGGCGGGCCAAGUACGAGGCCCUGGCCAAGCUCUACUCGCAGUUGCGACAGGAGCACCUGGAUCUCUUGCAGACCACCAAGAGCCUGAAGAUCAAAGCGGCUUCCGCACAAGAGGCGAUUGACCGCCGCGAGAAGCUGGAGCGUGAGCUCAAGACUAAGAACCUCGAGCUGGCUGAUAUGAUUCGGGAGCGUGACCGUGCUUUGCACGACAAGGACCGCGUGUCUGGUACGAAUAAGGAUGAGCUGGAGAAGGUUAAGCGGGAGCUUCGCAUGGCGAUUGACCGUGCUGAAAAUGCCGAGCGCUCCAAGGGCACUGAGAUAUCUUCCAUGCUGUCCAAGUAUAACCGUGAAAUGGCCGACCUGGAGGAAGCUCUUCGCCUUAAAAACCGCGCCCUGGAGGACAUCAACAGCCGCAACUCAGAGCGCUCAGGAGACCAUGACAUGGCUCUUCGCGAGAAGGACGAGGAGAUCGAGGUGUACAAGUCUGGCAUGGAGCAAGCUCUGAUGGAACUCGAGGAGCUGAAGCUGAACCAAGGUGACGCCGACCACGCCCUUGAUAGCCAGAUCGACACUGUCCUUCAUGGAACAGUGGCCAAGAUCAACGACAUUAUCGACUCCGUGCUGCAAGCUGGUGUGCAGCGCGUGGACGACGCGAUGUAUGAGCUGGACUCGUCCAUGCAAGCCGGUAACCAGAACGCCUCGCCUCCCUAUGUCCUGUCUCAGAUCGAAAAGGCCGCCGCUUCCGCCACCGAGUUCUCGACUGCCUUCAACAACUUCAUCGCCGAUGGCCCCAACAGCCCCCAUGCCGAGAUUAUCCGCACCGUGUCCGUAUUCUCGGGAUCGAUUGCCGAUACCCUCAGCAACACCAAGGGUCUGUCUCGCUUCGCUAACGACGAUAAGAGCUCGGACAACCUGUUCGGUGCUGCUCGCAAGUCUGCGCAGGCGACUGUGCGCUUCUUCCGUGGUCUGCAGUCAUUCCGUCUCGAGGGUAUGGAGGCCGAGCACAAGACGGAUGUUGUUAUCAACAACAACCUGGAGGUGCAGCGCGACCUGCAGACCCUGUCGAAGCUGGUUGAAUCUUUCACCCCCAAGAGCAGCAAGAUCACCACCAACGGCGACUUGGGAGACCUUGUUGAUUCUGAGCUGACCAAGGCCGCCGACGCGAUCGACGCGGCCGCCCAGCGCCUGGCGAAGCUGAAGAACAAGCCCCGCGAUGGCUACUCGACCUAUGAAUUGCGGAUUAAUGAUUCAAUUCUUGCCGCUGCCAUCGCAGUGACCACUGCUAUCGCCGAGUUGAUCAAGGCUGCCACCGUGUCGCAGCAGGAGAUCGUCCGCGAGGGCCGAGGCACCUCUUCCGCCACAGCCUUCUACAAGAAGAACAACCGCUGGACCGAGGGCUUGAUCUCUGCCGCCAAGGCUGUGGCUGGUUCCACUAACACUUUGAUCGAGACCGCUGACGGUGUCAUCUCCGGGCGUAACUCCCCCGAGCAACUCAUCGUCGCCUCCAACGACGUCGCCGCCAGUACCGCCCAGCUUGUGGCUGCUAGUCGUGUCAAGGCUACUUUCAUGAGCAAGUCCCAGGACCGCCUGGAGGGUGCCAGCAAGGCCGUUGGUGCUGCAUGCCGUGCGUUGGUGCGACAGGUGCAAGACAUCAUCAAGGAGAAGCACAGUGGCGAAAACGAGACAGAGGAUUACGGUGCGCUGAGUUCGCACGAGUUCAAAGUCCGCGAGAUGGAGCAACAGGUCGAGAUCCUACAACUGGAAAACAACCUCGCCCGCGCCCGCCAACGCCUUGGCGAGAUGCGCAAGAUUUCCUACCAGGAAGAGUAA